ACGAGCGAAGCUUAACGUCCCUUCGAUCACCUUUUUCUGAAGCUCGACACCCACUGUCUUCUUUCUGACCUGGCUUUGUCUUUCUCGUCGGUUUCCAAAUGUCUGUUCAAAGCGCAAACCUCCUUGAAAAAGGCUAUUGGGAAGUGACCAGCUCCAAUGAAGAACGCUCUACAACUACCAGAGCCAAGCAGUGGUGCAUUGACCUUGUCAAGCCAUCCUGUGUCAAGAGAUGCCCAACACGAACAGAAAAGCUCAGACGCACAGCCUACCUUGAUGGGGUCAGAGGCUUUGCAGCAUUGCUCGUAUAUUGGGGUCACCAUGAGCUCUGGGCUCACGAUGCGCUGGGUCCCGACCGCAUUCUCGAGAAUGCUUAUGGUUAUGACAAUCAACGCUAUCUUGCAUGUCUGCCUGGAGUACGCCUCUUCUUUUCAGGCGGGCACUUUGCAGUUACAGUCUUCUUUGUCCUGUCUGGAUAUGUUCUGUCGACCAAGCCAAUGGCGAUGAUUCAUGCUGGAGAACACCUGAGGUUGGGAGACAAUCUGACGUCUGCCCUCUUCAGGCGAUGGCUGCGACUAUAUCUCCCUGUUGUCUGCACGACCUUCCUGUACAUGAGCUCGUGGCACCUCUUCAAGUAUCGUGCAGACCCAGAACCCAAAUCAACUUACACCGAAGAACUAUGGAGCUGGUAUGCAGAGUUCAAGAACUUCAGCUAUGUGUUCAGAGCUGGUGGUGAUCCAUGGUUCAGCUACAGCUUUCACACAUGGUCUAUUCCCGUCGAGUUCAGAGGUUCGAUUGUCGUCUAUACAGCUCUUCAAGCGUUUUCGAGAUGCAGGAGGAAUGCACGUCUGUGGAGUGAAAUCGGCUUGAUCCUAUACUUUAUGUAUAUCGUGGACGGCUCGUUUUGCGCAUUGUUCGUGGCUGGAAUGCUGCUUUGCGAUCUGGAUCUGCUCGAGCAAGGUGGAGACCUCCCACAUUUCUUUCGCAAGAUGGCAUGGUGCCAAUCAUAUCUCUUUUACGGCCUGUUCAUCAUCAGUCUCUACCUAGGUGGUUCGCCGUCUUACAGCUCAGACAUCCAUGUCCUGCGAGAGUCUCCUGGCUGGUACUAUCUGUCUUUAUUGAAGCCACAAGCUGUCUUUGACUAUAAGUGGUUCUACUUGUUCUGGGCCUCGACAUCCUUCGUUGCAUCAGUCCAGAGGAUUACAUGGCUCAAAUCAUUCUUUGAGACGCGGUUCAACCAAUACCUAGGACGAAUCUCUUUCGCAUUUUACCUGGUCCAUGGCCCGUUAUUGUGGUCAGUCGGCCAUAGGUUGUACGCGGCAGUUGGAUGGACGAAGGACUCUCAAGCCAUCAACAUACCUGGCUGGAUCAGCAUAGUUCCACUGCCGAAGAUUGGGCCUUUCGGGCUGGAGUUGAGCUUCUUGCUCCCUCAUCUAAUACUUCUGCCGCUGACUUUGUGGGUGGCCGAGAUGGCAACGACACUGAUUGACGAGCCUAGUGUCAGGUUUCCGCAAUGGUUAUAUGGUCGAACUCUGGCUCGAGCAGCCAAGCUGUAGAACGCACAGCAUACGAGAACAAAUA